AUUGCAUUGAGAUUCGAAGGAUAAGUAGCAGGUUCCUAGUGUACGUAAGCAAGAGACGUCAGAGUAGAAAGCUUAUCUCAUUGAACCAAACAAAAGAAAAAGAAAAAAACAAAAAAAUCAGAGAAGACCUUGAAUCAAAGCUAUUGGGAAAGAUAAACCAUGGCCAAUUCACGGUUUGAGUAUGUCAAGCAGUUUGAAAGAGAGAAUCUUCUACUUCCAGAAACAUACUUGAUAAUCAGGGUAGACGGGAAGGGGUUCCAUAAGUUCAGCCAGGAGUAUGAGUUUGAAAAACCCAACGAUUUGAGGGCGUUGCAAGUGAUGAAUAGAGCAGCUAUGAAUCUAGUGAAACAAUUUCCAGAUAUACAAUUGGCAUACGGGGAUUCCGACGAAUAUUCGUUUUUGUUGAGACGAUCGUGCACAUUAUUUGAAAGAAGAGAAAUGAAAUUGAUCACAACCUUUGCAUCAUUUAUGUCUGUAAACUACAUGUUUGAAUGGAACAAGGAGUUUCCAGAAAAACCAAUCAGAUCAGAAAGAUUACCAACUUUUGACGCAAGAGCAGUGGUUUAUCCAACAUCCACCUUAAUACGUGACUACUUCAGUUGGAGACAAGUAGAUUGUCAUAUCAAUAACUUAUAUAAUACUACCUAUUGGAAUUUAAUAUUAAAAGCAGGAAUGACCGGGAAAGAAGCAGAAAAUAGAUUAAUCGGAACAGUAUCUAGCGACAAAAAUGAGAUCUUAUUCAAGGAAUUUCAAAUCAAUUAUAAUAAUGAACCAGAAAUAUAUAAAAAGGGUACCAUAAUAGUCCGUGAAUAUAAUGACUGGAAAACUUUGUCUAAUGAAGUGAAAGAAGAAGAGCUUUCCGAUAGACAAAAACAGAGACUUGAAAAACAACGGAAGAAGGCUGAUAUAGUCGAGUGCCACGUAGACAUCAUCAAGGAUGAAUUCUGGGAGAAAAGACCUUGGCUAUUACAGUAAAUAAUUAGAAUGUAUCUUAAUUUGCAACUUUUCAUAGUAGAGGAUCGGGUAACCUGCAAAACUGUAUGGUGC